UUUGAUAAAAAUGAAAAUUGUUUUAUUCUAUUCACAUUGGUGAAUACCGAACCAGCACCUCAGAGGUAACUCAUAUGACAGAAAUCGGAGUUGACGCACAAGCACCGCCGGCCACGGCGGAAAUGAAAACAAUUCCGACAUCAUAGAAGACAAUUUUGAUGUCAUAUUUGUUACCGUUGCAAUGGCCUCUCUCUCACAGCGAAGAGCUCCCGCUUUUCACGGAAUCUUGAAGAGAAGGUUUCCCCUUAUCAAGCUGCUCAUCUACGUAUUUUGUUUCUAUUUUUGUUGUUUCCAAAUUAAAAGCUCAUGAAUCGACUUCCUAAUUUUCCUCCUAAAGGCAUCCUCCAGUUGGAAGAGCUUAAAGAGAAUUUGCUUGUUUUUUGUUGGCAGUACAUCUUUAAAACUAGCGUAUAUCCUAGAGAGCAUGAGGAACUCAAACAUAUACGAGAAGCUACCAUCAACAAGUAUGGACUCAGGAGUAUAGCAUCUGUGCCGGUUGAUGAAGGGCUAUUUCUGACAAUGCUUAUGAAGAUAAUGAAUCGAAAGAAGACAUUGGAGAUUGGUGUUUUUACUGGCUAUUCUCUCUUAGCAACCGCACUUGGGUUGGCUGAUGAUGCCCAGGUAACAGCAAUAGAUACAGAUAAAGAAGCUUAUGAAAUUGGAUUACCAUUCAUUCGAAAGGCAGGCGUAGAUCGUAAAAUCAAUUUCAUCAACUCAGAUGCCGAAUCCGUUCUAACCAAAAUUUUGGACAACAAUGAAGGUUUGGAAGAAAUUGAUUUUGCAUUUGUGGAUGCUGAGAAACACAAGUAUAAGAAAUACCAUGAGCCAUUGCUGAAACUGGUCAAGGCUGGAGGAAUAAUUGCAUAUGAUAAUACCUUAUUUUUCGGACUCGUUGCUCAACAAGAAAACACUGUCCAAGAGAAUCUCAGGAUAGCAACAAAUGGUAUAUUGGAACUCAAUGAAUUUCUGGCUAACGAUUCUCGCAUUGAGAUUUCACAAAUUUCUAUCGGAGAUGGUCUCACCUUAUGCAGGCGUCUUUAAUGCAAUUUAAUCAACUCUUAAUUAUUUGCAUUAUCAUGUAUGAUCAUUACCAGACUUAUUUUAGCUGUGGUGUUUGUUUUGCCCUUUUUAAUGGAACAAGAGCUAUGUCUAAUAAAAAAACUCUAUAAAAUGAUAAGGACAUAUCCAUAAUUCAGUAA